AUGGAGCCAUCGAGAUCCGGGGUCUGUGUGUCUGAAAAAGUGAAGCUUCUUAUUGCAGUGCUUGUCUUGCAAAUGUGCUUUGCAGGGUUUCAUAUAGUGUCGAGAGUUGCACUCAAUAUUGGCAUAAGCAAAGUCGUUUAUCCCGUCUAUAGAAACCUCAUUGCGUUGGUUCUCUUGGCUCCUUUUGCUUAUUUCUAUGAGAAGAAAGAGAGGCCACCCCUUACAUUCUCUAUACUAGUUCAAUUCUUUUUCCUGGCAUUAAUAGGAAUCACAGCCAACCAAGGGUUUUAUAUACUAGGCUUGUAUUAUGCUACUCCAACCUUUGCUUCAGCCAUGCAGAACUCAGUUCCUGCCAUUACUUUCCUCAUGGCUUCUACUUUAAGGCUUGAGAAAGUUAACAUAGCAAGGAGACAUGGGUUGGCAAAGGUUAUUGGUACUCUUGCAAGUGUAGGGGGAGCAACUGUUACUACUCUAUAUAAAGGCCCCCCUCUUUUUCACCAACAUGCAUCAAUUGUCAAUGAUUCAUUACUGUAUGAAGAUAUGCUUUCUGGCUCACCAAAAAUGCUCAACUGGACUUGGGGUUGUAUCUACCUGCUUGCUCACUGCUUAUCAUGGGCAGGCUGGAUGGUCUUUCAGGCUCCCGUGGUGAGGAAUUACCCAGCUAAACUCUCACUCACCUCUUUCACGUGCUUUUUCGGGUUGAUCCAGUUCAUGGUAAUUGCGGCUUUUUUUGAGAGGGAUCCCAAUAAAUGGAAAAUCAAGUCUGGGGAAGAGAUUUUUACCAUCUUAUACGCUGGAAUCGUUUCAUCUGGGAUUGUGAUAUCUCUUCAAACAUGGUGUAUUCAGAAAGGAGGGCCUGUUUAUGUUGCCAUCUUCCAGCCUGUGCAAACUGUUCUUGUUGCUAUCAUGGCUUUUGCAAUUCUCCAUGAUCAGCUGUACCUAGGCGGAUUGUUAGGGGCAGUGCUCAUAAUGAUGGGUCUCUACUCAGUAAUAUGGGGAAAAACAGAAGAGCAAAGGAUAGUGGCAAGCCAAGAAGAGAGGGAAGGUCCAUUGACAAAGCAUCUUCUUAAUGAUGAUUCCAAGAAUGAAGAAUACAACACUGUUUCUGACAUCCCUUGACCUAAAGAAAAGAAGACAACUGGAUUUCUGUUUGAAUUACAAUAUUGU